AUAGGUUAGGGCCGUUUUCGCAAGUCUCGGUGUAGGAAAAAGCCUUGUCGGGUGUCGUCUCCUUCCGUGUGUGUCGUUUUGUGUUCAUAUUGGUGUCGUAAAACCCCACGUGUCGAGAUCCAUCGAUCGAUCCAUAAACGCAUUUUUCUUCUCUUUUGCAGGUAAAGGGAAGAAGGGGUCUUUGAGUACUCUCCGUCAUAGUCCACCUCUCUACUUGCUCUUGCUUUUCAAAGAGGGGAAAAAACCCUAAUUAACCCAAAUUUUCAUUCCUCGAAAUUUACUGUUAAUCCCCUCACAAUCCAUAAAAAGUGCAAUUUGGAUCUCUUAGUGUCACUUGUAAUCAAUUAAUUCUUUCCAAUUCGAGAUCAAUACAAUUCUCUCUGAUUUUCAAUUUUGACGGCGAAAAGUUGUUUGCAUUAUUGCUGAAGCUGUUCAAUUGGAGGCGUUGAUUGAAUUGGAGAAUUGCGGGAUCUAUGGUGUGUUUUAUGAGAUCGAAAUGAUCCGUUUGGUAGCGUGAACAAAAUUGAACGCUUUGGAUCCGAUCGGGGGAGAAACAGCGCCAUCUAAUGGCGCUGUUCCGACGCUUGUUUUACCGGAAGCCGCCGGAUCGGCUUCUCGAGAUCUCCGAGAGAGUCUACGUAUUUGACUGCUGUUUCUCCACUGAUGUCUUGGAAGAUGAUGAGUACAAAGGAUACAUGGGUGGGAUUGUAGCACAGCUGCAAGACCAUUUUCCAGAUGCUUCCUUCAUGGUCUUCAACUUUAGGGAAGGGGAGAAGCGGAGCCAAAUUUCAGACAUAUUGUCUCAGUAUGACAUGACAGUUAUGGAUUAUCCUCGGCAAUAUGAGGGGUGUCCUCUGCUUCCAUUGGAGAUGAUCCAUCACUUCCUUCGGUCUAGUGAAAGCUGGUUAUCCUUGGAGGGGCAGCAAAAUGUGCUUUUGAUGCACUGUGAAAGAGGAGGUUGGCCUGUACUUACUUUCAUGCUUGCAGGCCUUCUGUUAUACCGCAAACAGUAUAAUGGGGAGCUGAAGACUCUUGAGAUGGUCUACAAGCAAGCUCCUAGAGAACUUCUCCAUCUCUUAUCUCCUUUAAAUCCUCAACCUUCCCAGUUAAGAUAUCUUCAGUACAUCUCUAGAAGAAAUUUGGGUUCUGAUUGGCCUCCAUCAGAUACGCCUCUACUUUUAGAUUGUCUGAUCCUUAGAGUUCUUCCAUUGUUUGAUGGGGGCCGAGGUUGCAGACCAGUUGUCCGCAUUUAUGGUCAGGACCCCUCAAAACCUGCCAACAGAACUUCUAAGCUCCUAUUUUCAACUUCAAAGACAAAAAAACAUGUUCGUCACUACUUGCAGGCAGAGUGUAUGUUGGUGAAAAUAGAUAUCCAUUGCCGGGUCCAAGGCGAUGUUGUUCUUGAAUGUAUCCAUUUGGAUGAAGAUCUAGUACGCGAGGAGAUGAUGUUUCGAGUUAUGUUCCACACGGCAUUUGUGCGGGCAAAUAUCUUGAUACUCAGCCGUGAUGAAAUUGACACUCUAUGGGAUGCCAGGGACCAAUUUCCAAAGGACUUUAGAGCAGAGGUACUCUUUCUGGACGCUGAUGCUGUUGUGCCUAAUCUAACCACAGUCGUGACAAGUGAAGAUGCAAAUGAGACUGGAAGUGCUUCACCUGAGGAAUUUUUUGAGGUGGAAGAGAUAUUUAGCAAUGUGGUUGAUGCGCAGGAAGGAAAGGGGGACUUUGAAACUCUUAUGGUCCAGGGCAACGCUUCUGAUGAUGCUGAUUAUAAAGAAGUCUUGAAGGAGGAUGCGGAUCCUCACACAUUUGUAGAUUGUGCAUCAGAUGAUGGACAUCAGAAACAGUUUGGCAAUAUGAAUUCUGAUUCUGAACCAGUAAAGGAUAUUGCUGUGGAUGAUGUGAAAUAUAAGAUGGAAGAGAAAAUGGAUGUGGAUAUGGAUAUGGUGAAAGACAUUACCGUGGAUGAUGGGGACAUGAAGCGAGAGCCUGUGGUGACUGCCCCCAGUUUGCUAAGAAAUAUAAUAACCAAGGAAGUAACAGAAGAUCCAAGUGGAAAUCAAGACAAUGUUGUGCAGAACAAGUUAGAGUCAGGGGUUACUCAGCAAAAGUUGAGGGCGGAUGUUUGUAGGCCAAAACCAGAGAAAGUUGUGCUACCUUCUCCUAGGAAACAGAAAGCAGCAGCAGAUUCAAUUGUAGCCAAGCAAAAGAUUAAACAGCUAGAACAGCAGGGAACACAUGCAAAACUGGCAAAACCGAAUGUAGUAUCUCGGUGGAUUCCCCCUAACAAAGGCUCAUAUACCAAUUCGAUGCAUGUGUCGUAUCCACCUGCUAGAUAUAAUAGUGCACCGCCAGCUCUUGAUGCUAUUGCUUCUCCAAAAGAUUCUAAUACUUGUGUUCCUGUAAAGGCUUCUUCCGUCCCUGCUACUCCUGGAGAAGUGGUUUCUAGAGAUGCUGCAAACAAACCGUUAGGACAAAAAGAGGAGCUUCUGGAUCCAUCACACUCUGUCUCAGUGAUACCUGGUUCCUUUCCGGCUAAAGAAUCACCGUCUCUUGGACUGCAGCUAGUAGUGCCACCUCCUCCAGCUCCAGCUCCAGCUCCAGCUCCACCACAGGCUAACAGCUCUUCAUUGUAUACAUCUAAAUCCAGGUCUUCUUUACAACUUUCCCCACCUUGGCAGACAAGUCCAGCAGCUUCUCCUCCACCUUCUCAUCCACUUGGUAAUGAGGUCUCCACAUCUCUUUAUCCUCCACCUCCACCUCCACCUCCACCUCCACCUCCACCUCCACCUCCACCACCACCACCACCACCACCCCCCCCUCCUUUUCUUCCGCUUUCCACGUCGUUGAGUAGGCAGAAUAUUGAAGUGGGUUCACACCAAAAACCUCCACCUCCUCCGCCUCCACCCCCUCCUCCCCCUCCCCCUCCCCCUCCCCCUCCCCCUCCCCCUCCCCCAUCCAGUAGGCAACAUAUUGGGGCGUGGUUGCCCCCUCCACCCCCGUGGAAGCUUGUAUCUUCGACUACCCUUACCCCAAUGAAAGUUUCUCCUCAACCUGAACCUCCACCUCCAGCUUCCCCCUCUCCAUCAAUGAUUUCAUUAACAGUUUCAAAAGUUAGUGGAAUUGGAGUUCCUCAUUUACCAUCACCGCCGCCUCCUCCUCCUCCUCCUCCUCCUCUUUCAAGGAGUGUGGCUACACCUCUACCACCCCCACCCCCACCUCCCCCUCCACCUCCACCUCCACCUCCACCACCCCCUCUAACCCAUGGAUGUUGGACCCCGCCGCCACCACCACCACCACCACCACCACCUCCACUUUUGAUGCGUGGUGCUCCCCCUCAACGUCCUUCCUUACCUGUUGCGCCACCUCUUCCUCCCGGAGGUCGCAAGGCACCACCACCUCCACCGCCACCUCCUGGUGGUCGAGGGGCACCGCCUCCGCCACCUCCGCCACCUCUUCCUUCUGGAGGUCGUAUGGCCCCACCACCGCCUCCACCGUUGCCUCCUGGUGGUCGAGGGGCACCACCUCCACUACCUCCUCCUCCUCCUCCUCCUCCUCCUGGAGGUAACAAGGCACCACCAGCGCCUCCACUGCCGCCUCCUAGUGGUCGAGGGCCACCACCUCCGCCACCUCCUCCUGUGGGUCGUGGGGCACCACCUCCACCUCCUCCCCCUAUGGGUCGUGGGGCACCACCUCCGCCGCCGCCUCCUGGAGGUCGAGGGGGACCACCUCCACCUCCUCCUCCCAUGGGUCGUGGGGCUGGUCCUCCUGCUCCACCUAGACCUCCAGGUGGUGCACCUCCGCCACCACCAUUAGGUGCCAAAGGAGCUGCAACUGAUACAAGAGGAUUGCCUUCUGGAAGAGGGCGUGGGCUUUCACGUCCUUCAGGGAUGGGGCCAACUGCUACCGCACCCCGACGAUCUUCCUUGAAACCGUUGCAUUGGAGCAAAGUAACAAGAGCCCUGCAAGGGAGUUUAUGGGAAGAAUUGCAAAGGCUUGGAGAACCUCAAAUUGGGUCAGAUUUUGAUGUAUCCGAGCUGGAGAGUCUUUUCUCUGCAACAGUCCCAAAGUCUGCUGACUCAGGAAGCAAAGCUGGUGGUCGACGAAAGUCUGUUGGAUCAAAAACUGACAAAGUUCACCUGAUUGAUCUGAGGAGGGCAAAUAACACCGAAAUUAUGCUUACGAAAGUAAAGAUGCCGCUCCCUGAUAUGAUGGCUGCAGUUCUAGCAAUGGAUGAGUCGGUGUUAGAUGUUGAUCAAGUGGAAAAUCUCAUAAAAUUCUGUCCUACUAAGGAGGAAAUGGAACUUCUCAAGGGCUAUACUGGUGACAGGGAGAACCUUGGAAAGUGUGAACAGUACUUCUUGGAGCAGAUGAAAGUGCCACGAGUUGAGUCUAAAUUAAGGGUUUUCUCUUUCAAGAUUCAGUUCAGCUCUCAGAUUUCAGAAUUCAAGAAGAAUUUAAAUACUGUAAAUUCUGCAUGUGAAGAGGUACGAAAUUCUGUCAAACUGAAGGAAAUUAUGAAGAGAAUUCUUAUCUUGGGGAAUAAGUUGAACCAAGGAACUGCAAGGGGUUCCGCCAUUGGAUUUAAGUUGGACAGUCUAUUAAAACUCACUGAUACUCGUUCUUCUACCAGCAAGAUGACACUUAUGCAUUUUCUAUGCAAGAAACUUGCUGAUCAUUCACCAGAACUCCUAGAUUUUCACCUGGAUCUUGUUAGCCUCGAACCUGCAUCAAAGAUACAAUUAAAAUCUUUAGCAGAAGAAAUGCAAGCAAUAAUUAAGGGACUGGAGAAGGUCAAGCAGGAGCUUCAUGCCUCAGAAAAUGAUGGUCCCGUGUCCGAAGUUUUUCGAAAGACAUUGAAAGAAUUCAUUUUUGUUGCUGAGACAGAGGUGGCAUCUGUUACAAAUCUGUAUUCGGUGGUGGGUAGAAAUGCAGAUGCACUUGCGCUGUACUUUGGGGAGGAUCCUGCCCGUUGCCCAUUCGAGCAGGUUACAGCGACGCUCUUAAAUUUUGUGAGGUUGUUUAGGAAAGCACAUGAAGAAAAUGUCAAACAGGAUGAGUUGGAGAAGAAGAAAGCUGUGAAAGAGGCCGAAAUGGAGAAGGCCAAGGGAAUUAAUCUUACGAGAAAAGGGUGAAAUAGCAAAGUAGUUGAUGUUUUCCUUACCCUUCAAGGGCAAUUUAGCUUCUGGCAAACACGAGAUCUCUGCCACAGAUUUUAAACUGAAUGAUGGCUAAAUCACUGCUUUGUGGAUUAUUCAGAAGCAUUUGAUCAGUCAGUUGGACAUUCUCCACCAAUAGUGCAUUGACAGCCUUAAAUGACACUGGAUGAUCUUGGGCCCCGAGGACAUCAAACUAUUGAGAAGGCUUAAUAGCAUGUGAUUGACGGGCUUUUCUAUUGUCCGCCUUGGGUGGUUUCAGUUGCAGAUCAAGAACGAGGUUGGAUACCAGAUAUCAAAGGCGAAGAUCUGGCCCUUCAAGUGCUGUUUUCCGGAGAAAUUUCAUAAGUUUGGACCAGACGUUCAGUAUAGUUGGCAAUAUGGUUUCCACUUUCCAGCUUCCGCCGUUCACUUGGCUCAACUUUUUGUUGCCAGAGCAGAAGCUUUCGGGAUUGUAAAGUGCACAGAAGAGUCCUCACUGUACCAUGAAAACCAUGUACAAAAUUCUAACCCAGUAACGUUAGCAUUCAAUUCUUUUUGUUCCUCCUCUGUAACAUAGAAAUUAGUUCAAUUUUUGCCCCCUGAUUUUGUCUCCCACAAAAGUUGUAUAGGCUGUUAGGUUCAGAUAGAGUAAAAAGUAGACAGGUUUUUGUAGUGUAAAUGUAUUUAAAUUCCAGAAUGUAGUCUACAGAUCUGAAGUUACUAGUUUUCUUUCACUUGGUUCUUUAGUCGAAAAUGAGUUUACGAGGCAUUGUAGUCUCUCUCGUGCGUCUUUAUGUUUGUUCAUUGUGAAGAGAGCCACUGCUCCUUGUAAAUUCAAAGAAUUUUAGAGUUGAGUUCCCUCCUGAUUAUGUUUGGUGUAGACGUUAGUCUCGGCUUUGUAAGCAAGGCGCAAAUGCUGGAACUGAACUUGUUUUUCAGUACC